UUCCCCGCUUAGGACAUUUGUAUCUGCUUUAGAACUCUGUUACGAGCCUUCUUGGUUCUUACCCGUUACCCUCCUCAAUUUCAUUUUCCUACUAUUCAAUUCCACUUGCAAAGGCUCUGUUAAUGGCUGCCGCUCUCUGUGCUUCGCAUCAUCUUCUAUCUAUUCCCUGCUCCCCAACUGUCAACCGUAAUUUCUACUUUCAAAACCCUAGCCGUAAACAUAAUUUCAAUAAAUUCAUUCUAAUACACAAUUAUGCCAUCUCUUUCUCCAAAUUAUGCACAACAAAUCCCGUUUCUCUUAACAAUGCGUGUGCAAUUAGAGCUUCUGCUGCUCAAUGUCGGGUUUCUGCAACUCUUCGUGAACUGUGUCAAGGUCAAGUGCCUGAGCCCGUGCUCCGCAGGAUGGAAGAAAAUGGAUUUAUUACACCAACAGAUGUGCAGCAACAAGGCCUUCCAGUACUUUUCACGGGCUGUGAUUGUGUCUUGCAUGCUCAGACAGGUUCUGGGAAGACUUUGACGUACCUUCUUUUAGUAUAUUCAAUAAUCAAUACUCAGAGACAUGCUGUUCAAGCAUUGAUUGUGGUGCCAACAAGGGAGCUUGGUAUGCAAGUCACAAAAGUUGCACGAAUGUUGGCUGCAAAGCCGAUAGAUACUGGAGACCAGCAAAAAUCAUGCACAGUCAUGGCCCUUCUAGAUGGAGGACUUUUGAAAAGGCAUAAAACAUGGCUAAAGGCAGAUCCCCCAACUAUAGUGGUUGCUACUGUAGCAAGUUUGUGUCAGAUGCUCGAGAAGCAUGUGUUAGAUCUUGGAGCAAUGAGAGUGCUGGUAAUUGAUGAGGUUGAUUUCAUGUUUAACUCCUCCAAACAAGUUAGUUCCCUGCGGAAGUUACUGACAUCAUAUUCAUCAAUCCAUUCUCGUCAAACUGUAUUUGCCAGUGCAUCUAUUCCUCAACACAGACACUUUCUACAUGAUUGUGUGCAACAGAAGUGGACCAAGAGCAAUGUGGUCCAUGUCCAUGUAAAUCCAGUUGAGCCAAUGCCUUCACGCUUGCAUCAUAGAUAUAUGAUUUGUCCGAGGAACCAGAGAUUUCAAGCUAUUUUAUCGUUGCUGCAAUUGGAUUUACCCGACUCUGCCAUACUUUUCGUCAAUGAACAGUCUGAGAAGUCCAAAAAAGUGGGUGAUAUGCCAACAACUACACUGCUGAUUGAUUUUUUGAAAAGCUCGCAUGAAGAAUUUUCCAAUAUUUCACUUCUCGAGGAAGACCAGAAUUUCAAUUCCCGAGCGGCUUCUCUCUUGGAGGUUAGAAAGAAUGGUUGCUAUCUUAUUGUGGCUACGGAUCUAGCAGCAAGGGGAGUUGACCUGCCAGAGACAACACAUAUAUACAAUUUUGAUUUGCCCAAAAGUGCAGUGCACUAUCUACAUAGAGCUGGGAGGACAGGUAGGAAACCAUUCUCAGAAGACAAAUGCAUUGUCACCAGUAUAAUAGCUCCAGAGGAACAUUUUGUCUUAGAACGUUUUAAACAUGAAUUGAAGUUUCAUUGUGAAGAGCUCUUCCUCUGACUUUAGCUCAAUGUAUUAUGUAUUUUCGUAUCUUGCAUUUCCCCCUUUUCCUUGCUUCUAGUAUCUUAUUGACGGUGGUCUUUGGGCUUGAUAAUACUAAAUUAUUCUUGGAUUAAUAGGGUCCAAAGAGCUAAUACGAAAUGCGUUUAAGAACAAGGAAAAUUCCAGUGUCUACGGUAUUCCCUUGAUUGCAACUUAUUAUUUUACCAAUUGAGCAUUUGAAUGAUGGGUCAGUCUAAUAGCCAACGUCUGACGCACUUUAAAGUAACUUAUGGUAGAAGGUUUGCGGCUGUAGAUCUCUGUUUG